AUGUUGCUCUGCCGCAAUACGAAGCUAAUUAAAGAUAUUAAGCUCUUUAUACGCUUCUUCUGCAUCACGGAUCUUAUCUUUGCUAAUAACAUCUUUCUCUUUAUAGAAAAGAUCCUUAUUAAAGGGUUCACCUUAAAAACCCUCUUGUGA